CCCCAGCUCGCUGGCUACUGCAAAGGACUGGUGUGUGGCUUAGGCUGUCGGAACCAUGAACAGCUUCAGGGCUGCUGUCCUCUUCUGGGCACUGGUAGCAUUGGCUAAAACGGGCAAGUUUCCAAGAGAUACAGAUGAGGCUGCAUUUCAAAAAUGCAAGGAUGCCUUUAAACUACCUGUCCUCGAAGUCCUACCUGGAGGAGGCUGGGAUAAUCUGCGGAAUGUGGACAUGGGGCGGGUGAUGGACUUGACUUACACCAACUGCAUGACCACAGAAGAUGGACAGUACAUCAUCCCCGAUGAAAUCUUCACUAUUCCCCAGAAACAAAGCAACCUGGAGAUGAACUCAGAAAUCCUAGAAUCCUGGAAAAAUUACCAGAGCAGCACCUCCAACUCCAUCAACAUGGAGCUCUCCCUUUACUCUAAAGUCAAUGGCAAGUUCUCUGCCGAAUUCCAGAGGAUAAAGACCCUUCAAGUGAGGGACCAAUCGGUAACUACCCGGGUUCAGGUAAGAAACCUGGUCUACACAGUCAAAAUCAGUCCAGCUUUACAGCUGAGCUGGGGGUUUAGGAAGGGGCUCCUGGAAAUCUCUGACCAUCUAGAGAACAACCAGACGAGGAUGGCCACCUACUUGGCAGAACUCCUGGUCCUGAACUAUGGCACCCACGUCAUUACCAGUGUGGAUGCCGGGGCUGCUCUGGUUCAGGAGGACCACAUUAGAGCCUCCUUCCUCCAGGAUAGCCAGGGCAGCCACUAUGCCUUGACUGCAUCUGCUGGAGCUGCCUUCCAAAACAUUGUGAACUUCAAAUUUGAGGAUAGCUACAAUUCACAGGAUUCCGUCACCAAGAGCUACCUCUCAAACCGCACCAACUCCAGGGUGCGAAGCAUUGGAGGGGCUCCUUUCUACCCAGGUAUCACCCUCCAGACCUGGCAGCAGGGAAUCACCAACCACCUGGUGGCUAUAGACCGCUCUGGCCUGCCAUUGCAUUUCUUCAUCAACUCCAACAUGCUGCCUAACUUGCCAGGGCCCCUGGUGGAGAAGUUGUCGAAGACAGUGGAAGCUGCUGUGAGACGCUAUUACACAUUCAACACCUAUCCUGGCUGCAUGGAUAUCAGUUCGCCCUUCUUCAAUUUUCAAGCCAAUACUGAUGAUGGUUCCUGCGAGGGGAAAUUUACCAACUACUCCCUGGGUGGGAUUUAUCAGAAAUGCACCCAAUUCUCAGGGGAUAAAUAUGUCCUCCUCUGCCAAAACUUGGAGCAGAAGAAUCCACUCACUGGCGACUUCUCUUGCCCUCCUGGUUACUCCUCAGUGCACCUGCAAUCCCAGAUCCACGAGGAGGGUUACAACGACCUGGAGUGUCGACGGAAGUGCACCCUCCGGAUCUUCUGCAAGACCGUGUGCGAAGACGUGUUCCGGGUGGCAAAGGCUGAAUUUAGAGCUUUUUGGUGCGUGGCCAGUGGUCAAGUCCCUGAAAGCUCAGGACUGCUUUUUGGAGGCCUCUUCAGCAGUAAGAGCAUCAACCCCGUGACAAAUGCACAGUCGUGCCCAACUAGCUACCUUCCACUGAGACUCUUCGAAAACCUCAAGGUAUGUGUUUCUCAGGACUAUGAAUUGGGAAACAGGUUUUCAGUCCCCUUUGGUGGCUUCUUCAGCUGCACAGUUGGGAACCCCUUGGUGAACCCUGCCAUAUCCAGAGAUUUAGGGGCCCCUGCUCUGAAAAAGUGCCCCGGGGGCUUCAGCCAACACCUAGCUCUCAUCAGCGAUGGAUGCCAAGUGUCCUACUGCGUCAAGGCCGGGAUCUUUACAGGAGGGUCCCUGCCCCCUGCCAGGCUCCCACCUUACACGCAGCCACCCCUCAUGAGUCAGGCUGCCACCAACACUGUCGUAGUGACCAAUUCUGAGAGUGAGAGCUCCUGGAUUAAAGACUCUCAGACCCACCAGUGGAGGCUGGGAGAACCGUUGGAGCUGCGCAGAACCAUGAAGGUCAUCCACAGCGAUGGUGGUGGUCUCUCAGGAGGGGCAGCAGCUGGGGUCUCAGUGGGGGUCACCACUGUUCUAGCCGCUGUCAUCCUCGUGGCCAUCUACGGCACCCGCAAGUUCAAGAAGAGGGGAUACCAGGCAAUUGACAGGAGGCAGAGUUUGGUUCCAGAUACUGCAAUGGCUGGAGACACCCCUGACCAAGAGCAGGAGCAGAGUCUGGCUUAAUUCUCUCCCUGGAAAUGUUUUCUCUCGUCUCCACCCAGAGUAGUCAUCUC